CACGCACAACACCAAACAGCAACACAAACAAAAAAUUAAGAGCACAAAAGCAUAUGAUCGCAGCUCGGUAGAUUUAUUUUGUGUUCAACUGUCGCGCGAUUCGCAUCGUUCUCGAACUUUUUUCGUGUCUUUUAAUUUUUUCGAAGCAGAAUAAUUUACAAAGUUGCCGCUUUCAAGUACAAAAACCCCAUAAAUAUGUCACGAUCAAUACCACUGUUGCUGUUAAUCGCAUUCGUCAAUGUGAAUGCCCUGACAAAUCUAAAGGAAAAAUUCAAGUGGAAACAAAUCGACUUUGAAUGGCCCUCGGAGGAAGUUAAAUCGCAAUGGUUGGCAAGCAAAAAGUACAUCCCGGAGAAUAAUUUACCUCUUGGUUUGGAACGAUGGAAUAACAAACUUUUUUUGACGAUUCCACGAUGGAAGCCAGGCGUUGCAGCUGCUUUGAAUUACGUUGAUUUGGAUGACACAGAUAUGAGUCCCAAAUUCAAGCCGUAUCCAAGUUGGGAGGACAACGAUAUCGAUCUUCCGUCGAAUGGAACGUCAGCGUUGAAGAAGGACAGCAACAUUAUUUCGCCUUUUAGAGUUCGUGCUGACGAAUGUAAUCGUUUAUGGGUACAGGAUAGCGGAGCAGCAGACAUUUGGGGAGAUUAUGAUCCAGCUGCUCCGAGUGCCGUCGUGAUUUUUGACUUGAAAACGGAUCAAUUAAUCAGAAGAUUCGCCAUUCCCGAUAAUCUUUUGAAAGAAAAUUCGUUUGUUGCCAAUGUGAUAAUUGACGUCGAUCCACUUGACUGUGAAAAUGCAUUUGCUUAUUUGCCGGAUUUGGGAUCGUAUGCCCUCAUUGUCUACUCGUUCAAGGAAAACAAGGCAUGGCGCGUAAGUCAUCAUUAUUUCCAUUUUGAUCCUCUUCAAGGCAAUUACACAGUCGGCGGUAUCAAUUUCCAAUGGACUGAUGGCAUUUUUGGACUUGCUUUGGAUAAAAGAAUGGAAAAUGGUGCUCGCAACGUUUAUUUCCAUCCCUUCUCGAGCACAAAAGAGUUCGUCGUCUCCAACAAAGUCCUUCAAAACGAAACAUACGCAACUUCCAUGGAUUCUUUCGGUGAAUAUCAAUUAUUAGGAGAUCGUGGAAUGAAUUCGCAGUCAUCCGCUGAGUUCUAUGACGAUAAAACUGGCGUCGUUUUUUACACAAUGGUAAAUCGUGACGCGAUCGGAUGCUGGAACACGAACAAAAAAUCCAGCUUCAGUGAGUUGCAAGGCAUGGUAGAUUCGGAUCAAACUGCUCUCGAGUUCCCGAAUGACUUGAAAGUUGACAGCGAUGGAAAUUUGUGGGUUUUAUCAGAUCGCAUGCCGAAAUUCUUGUAUCGCGAAUUGCAUGUGCAGGAGGAAAACUUCCGGAUUUUAACUGGAUCGACCGAAGAUUUGAUCAAAGGAACGCCGUGCGCACAAUAAUUCAUAUUUACGUGAUUUGAAAUUUAUUUCAAAAGAAAAAAAAAAUAAAUAUUUACAAGUUCAAGUGUUUUGAAAAUAUGCAAUAAAUUAAUCUUCA